AAGGGAGGAGCAAAAUCUCUCCGUCAAGAAAUGGCGCGAAAACCCCAGCCUAUAAAGCAACCUCAAGUACACAAAGGGUUUAUGGUUUCCAGUUGUUCAUCCUCCUAAUUAUUCAAUCCACACUCUCUCACUCCGAAUCAGAAAACGAUGAAAAUGGAAUCGACUCUCAAGGAAUACUUUGGGUUUUCGACGUUUCGACCGUAUCAGAAGGAGAUUAUUGAGAAGAUUUUGGAGGGGAGGGAUUGUUUGGUUGUUAUGGCUACUGGCAGUGGCAAGUCUUUGUGCUACCAGGUGCCUCCAUUAAUUUCAAAUAAGACUGCAAUAGUUAUAAGCCCACUCAUUUCUUUGAUGCAAGAUCAGGUUAUGGCUUUGAAACAAAGAGGUAUCAAAGCUGAGCAUCUUUCUACUGCUCAGACUAACACAAAUGCACAAAAGAAUGCCGAAAGUGGUCAAUACGACAUUCUGUAUAUGACUCCAGAAAAAGCAUGCUUUGUUCCUAACAGCUUCUGGUCGAGGUUGCUUGCCACAGGAAUUUGUCUAGUGGCAGUUGAUGAAGCACACUGCAUCUCAGAAUGGGGCCAUGAUUUUCGGGUGGAGUACAAACAGUUAUAUAAGCUGCGUGAUGUUUUACAAAAUGUUCCAUUUGUUGGAUUGACCGCAACAGCUACAGAAAAGGUUAGAAAAGACAUAACAGAUUCACUUAAGAUGAAAGAUCCUCAUAUUGCCAUUGGAUCAUUUGAUCGUAAAAACCUUUAUUACGGUGUGAAAUCCAUUAACCGUGGGCCUUUAUUUGUGAACGAGCUUGUGGCACAAAUCUCUAAGUAUGCAACAAAUGGCGGGUCAACUAUUGUAUACUGUACGACAGUCAAAGAUGUCCAAGAGAUUACGGCAUCACUUUGUGGGGCCGGAAUAAAGGCCGGAAUGUAUCAUGGUCAAAUGGCUAACAAGGCCCGUGAACAGUCACACAGGUCGUUUAUAAGGGACGAGGUGGACGUCAUGGUUGCAACUAUUGCGUUUGGAAUGGGUAUCGAUAAACCAGACAUACGGCACGUGAUCCACUACGGGUGUCCGAAAAGUUUGGAAUCGUAUUAUCAAGAAAGUGGAAGAUGCGGUCGAGAUGGUGUUGCUUCUGAUUGCUGGCUAUACUUUUCAAGAGCUGAUUUCGGGAAGGCUGAAUUUUACUGCGGAGAAGCAAGCUCGGCGACCCAGAAGAAAGCUAUUAUGGAUUCAUUUAUGGCCGCUCAACGAUAUUGCAUGCAGACAACUUGCAGAAGAAAAAUUUUACUGGAAUAUUUUGGGGAAACAUUUGCUUCUAGUAACUGUGGAAAUUGUGAUAAUUGCACUAAUGCUAAGGAGGAAAGUGAUAUGUCUAGAGAAGCGUUUCUGUUGAUGGGUUGCAUUCAGGCUUGUGGUGGUUAUUGGGGCCUUAACUUGCCUAUAGACGUUCUUCGAGGUUCUCGUGCCAAAAAGAUCACCGAAAACCAGUUUGACAAUCUCCCGUUUCAUGGACUCGGGAAGGAUUUUUCAGUAAAUUGGUGGAAGUCCCUAGGUUUUCAACUAAUUUCUUUCGGUUACCUGGUUGAGACUGUUAAAGAUACUUACCGAACUGUAAGUGUCGGCCCAGAAGGUGCAAAAUUUCUGCGGUCAUGUAGGCCCGAUCACCAACCUCCGUUACUUUUGCCGAUAACAAGUGAAUCGGGAGGCAAUGAUGACAUCAAAGCUGGCUCAGAACAUGAUGGACUAUCACAAGCAGAGGUGGAACUCUAUAAGAUUCUUCUAGAAGAGAGAAUGAAGCUUGCAAGAUCUGCUGGAACUGCCCCAUACGCGGUAUGUGGUGAUUUAACGUUGAAAAAGAUAGUAGCAACACGACCGUCUACUAAAGCAAGGCUGGCAAACAUUGAUGGUGUCAACCAGCACCUUGUGACAAAGUAUGGUGAUCAUCUUCUUCAAAGUAUUCAGCAAUUAUCAAAACAACUGGACCUUUCAUUGGACGGUGUUGCAGCCAUAGAAGCUAAUAAUAACGGCAAAGCUUCCACAACACCGAAACAACCAAAAGACUUGCAACCCGCAAAAUACUCCGCUUGGAAAAUGUGGCAAGAGGAUGGUCUCUCUGCUGAAAAAAUCGCUAACUUUCCUGGUAGAUCUGCCCCGAUAAAAGUAGGAACAGUCCUUGGAUAUGUUCUAGAUGCGGCUCGAGAAGGAUGUAUGGUUGACUGGGCUAGAUUGUUCGAAGAAAUCGGGCUGACCCGAGAGAUUUUUGCUCAAAUACAAGCUGCCGUUUUGAAAGUUGGCUCAAAAGACAAACUGAAACCUAUCAAAGAUGAACUACCAGAAGAGGUCGAGUAUUUUCAAAUCAAGGCAUUUUUGACAAUGCAAGAUCUUGGGUUGUCAUCUGAAGCUAUUAAUGGGAAUAAAACACAAGAAUUAUCUGAAAAGUCAAUUAAUGAGAAAAGCGAGGUUGUAAUCAUUGAUGAGUCUCCAAGAAAGCGAAUGAAGAUUGAUGUACCAGAAGAAGAGACUCGCCCUUUAAUGGAGGUUAAUGAAGCUUCCAUUUUAGCGUGGCUCCAGAAUUUCGAGAAUGGGGUUACAUUAGAAGACGCGUUGAAACACUUCACUGGAUCAACAGAAGCAGCAGUGGUGGAUGUGCUGAGUUGUAUGGAGGGUGACUUCUUAAUCUAUAAGAAGAACAAUGUGUAUAAACUUAUGUGAUGCAGCUUUCAUGGAUAUAAUGUUUCUUUUAAUUUUUAUUAGCGAUGAAAUGGAAUUGAAACCGAUUUUAUGAUUAUAGUUAUGUUAAGAGUAA